AUGCUCGGAAUAUGGGCUACCAGUUGUUCGCGUCCUCCAGCCUUGAUUGGCUUGGUAAACCGUACUACAUGUAGCCACAGGACCCUCGUUUUCAAGCCACGCACGUCAUUUGUCAAGCAAUUUCAAGCCCACAGGCCCUAUACCACUCCUCCUACCCCCACUCAGAUUUCGAAAAGUAACAACGGGUCUAUAUUAUCUCGCGUCUUGCCAUUCCGUGGCGGUCCUCAAAACACUUCCUCCUUGCGAAAAAUUGUUGCGCUCGCGAAACCAGAAACGAAGCCCUUGGUGGCUGCCAUCGGUCUCCUUCUUGCCUCGUCGGCCGUCUCAAUGAGCGUACCCUUUACUAUUGGCAAAUUAAUUGAUUUUUUCUCGACGAACAACCCCCAAAUACCAUUUGGCCUGUCAACGUGGGAAGCAUCUGCCCUACUGUUGGUGUUAUUCACCGCUGGGGCGGCCGCCAACGCUGGUCGCGCAAUGAUAAUGAGACUGGCAGGACAACGAAUCGUGGCUCGGCUUCGUGAAAAUACAUAUAGUGCCGCUCUCAAGCAAGAGGUCGAAUAUGUUGAACGAGGCGAAGGAGAUGUCCUUAGUCGAUUGAGUGUUGACACAAGCAUAGUCGGUGAAAGCGUAACACAGAACCUUUCUGAUGGACUUCGGGCCGUCGUUAUGUCUUCCGUUGGUCUUGGCGCAAUGUUUUACGUCUCACCCACAUUAACAAUGUUGAUGUUGGCUGUCGUACCACCAGUAUCAUUGGGUGCAGUCUUCUAUGGUCGUUAUCUCAAAAAACUGUCAAACAAGACUCAGGAAGCGGUAGGAGAAAUGACCAAGGUUGCUACGGAAUCACUAUCCGCUCUUCGCACUGUUCAAGCCUUCAACGCCGUCCCACAAGAACAGCAAAAGUUCCACGAUCGGAUAGAUAAGAUUCUGAUGCUUGCAAGAAAAGAAGCUAUCGCGAGUGGCAUCUUCUUUGGAAGCACUGGUUGGAGUGGCAAUAUAACGUUACUUGCUUUGCUUGGAUACGGUGGGACGCUUGUAUCUCAUGGGACGAUUUCUGUGGGAGACCUCACAAGUCUGCUACUAUAUACCGUUUAUGUUGGAAGUGGUCUGCAAAUGCUCACUUCAUUUUUUUCUUCCAUCAUGCGCGGAAUCGGAGCAGGAACGCGUGUAUUUGAAGUCAUAGAUCGAACACCCGCGAUCCCAGACGACUCAGGAUUAUCAGUUCCACCGGAUCGACGGGGCGUCGUCAGAUUUGAAGGGAUUUACUUUGAGUAUCCCAGCCGCAAGGGUGUGGAGAUCUUGAAGGAUUUUAACUUGGAGAUGGCUGUCGGCGAGAGUAUUGCUAUCGUAGGGGAAAGUGGGGGUGGCAAAUCUUCCAUCCAAUCGCUUCUUCUUCGGUAUUAUGAUCCUGUAAAGGGAAAAGUGACUUUUGAUGGCCAAGACAUCCGCGAAUUCUCUGCGACAUCAUGGCGCAGUAUCAUUGGUGUGGUGCCCCAGGAUCCUGUCCUCUUUACGGGGACCAUUGCGACCAAUAUUGCAUUCGGAAACCCUGAUGCAACUCGCGAGCAAAUUGAGAGCGCUGCCCGUGAGGCUAAUUGUGAAUUUAUCUGGGGCAUGCCAAAAGGUUUCGAUACUGAAAUUGGUCGUCUGAGUCUCAGUGGCGGACAGCGUCAGCGUCUUGCGAUAGCUCGCGCGCUGCUGAAGAAACCCGUGAUUUUAGCGCUCGACGAGGCUACGAGCUCUCUCGACGCUACGUCUGAGCGGAGGGUCAAUGACGCUAUCGAUAAAAUCCUCAGAUCACGACAAACAACCUGUUUGUUUGUAGCCCAUCGGUUGUCAACAAUUGCUAGAGCGGAACGCAUAGUCGUUCUUGAAGGCGGACGAAUAACUGAAUCAGGGACAUAUCGGGAGCUAGUCACCGACGAGGAUUCUAGAUUCCGAGCUCUCAUGGCUGCACAACUAAAUGCAGCUGCUGGAGAAAGCUUGUACAUAGAGCGGGUGCCAGAAGUGACACCCACGGAUAAUUAG